GAAGUUGAUACUGUUCCUGCAGGACUACUGUCAACUGAUGCUAACAUGGAACGAAGGCCACAGUUGUUUGAAAUGUUCUUUAUUUUUGAUGUAACAUAAAAUGGGUCCAGACAUACCAGAACACUUAUCUGAAUCCACAAUUAACUUGAUCAGAACACACAAUAACACCACUAAAUGGUAUGUUAUUAAUUUAUAAAAAAAGACAUAAAUAAUUGUAUAAAAUCUAAAAAUAGAAAAGGAAAUAUUCUAAUAACUCCACAUGAUGCACAAAGUUAAAAAUGCAGACUAUGCAACGUGAAGUAAAAACAUCAAUGAAUUUCUGGUUUAUUAGUCUCCAAAGAGCUUCUUGCCCAGCUCCAUAAAACGAUGGGUUCGGCAAACUGACAAAGCAUCAUGCUCUUUCAAUACUGUAGUAACACUGUUGUUGGCAUCAACUAGGUGGCACAAGAAAUCCUCAUAUGCUGAUUUAGUGUUUGCUGGCAAUGAUCCCUUUCUUACUUUGUGCAAAGUGUCAAUAAUACCCUGGGCCCAACCACUUUCAAUCGCAAACUCAGAAAUCCAUGGAACAAGUGCAAGAACAGCACUCAUUGUCUGCAUUCCCAGAAACCAUAGCUCCAUUAAUUCAAACCAGUAUUUUUUAUAUGCCAUUGUCACUACCAAAGAUGAUGCAUCAUUGGAUUCGUCAACAUUAAAUGCAUCCCAAAGGAAUCGAAUGGUGGACUGAAUGAAUCGACAUAUAGUGAAAUCAUUUUUCUUCAAUCGUUUUGAUUGUUGUUUCAGUAACAAUAAUCCUAACACUGCCAGAUUUCCAUGAAGAACCAGAUUAUCAGGAAUGUUCUUGAGCUCAGGAAGAUUGUUAAAAAUGAAUUUCAGCAAAGUGUUGAAUAAUAGACUCUCCUCGACCAGCUUUGCUUCUAGGACUGUAAUAUUCAUGAACACAUUACAAAUGCUAACCAUAGCUGUUCGGGAAUCUUUCAUUUCUUCUAGAAGUUUUGGAUCUAAUUCAGGUUCUGGAUUAGCUUUCACUUUCCCCCUUUCUGAUUUUGGGACAGGUGGCUUCUUACAGUGAACUAUUGACCAAUGAUAAGCCAGGCAUUCAUAUAAUACUUCUUCUUCCUUAAUUUGCAGCAGAAUCUUUCUUGCUUCUUCUUCCACCGCUAAGUGACACAAGGAAGGAAGCAGGAGACGUAAUAUAUCACUUUGAGCAAGGAGGUCACCAUCAUUUACAUUCGAUCCUUGUUCAUCCUUUGAAUCAACAUUGCUCUUUUCUGCAAGUCGCCUAGCGCGACAUGCAUAAAAGGUUUCAUUAGCAAGACUCAAAAUAAAUGGAAGAAGAGCAUACACUGCAUUUUUCAUGGCUGAUGUUUCCUGAGUCAACCAAGCUGCAAGAACUCUCACCAUAGCAAAAAUAAAUGCUUUCUCUUCUGUACUAUAAUUAUCUUUAUUCUUAGGAAAGUCUUUUGAAACAUUUGUAAGAGUGCCUAUUACAGCAGCAAAAGCACCUUUCAAAGCUGUAUAUAGUGACUGUUUUUCUUUCUGUUCCAAAUCUAAUGUAUCAGUUGCUAUGUAUGAGACUGACAUUUCCAGAGUAACAAAACAUGCAGUGACCAAAUCAGAAUUCACCAUUAUUUGUUUGAAGUUUCUGUCUUCAAGUUGCAUUCUAACUUCAAUGGAGUUCAAUUGUACAAGUAAUAAGAAAAACUGCCGUGGUUUUUCUUCAUCUGUCAAAGUCCAUUCAACACCCAAUAAUUCUACCAUUGCUGAAGCAAGUUUUAAAGCUGGAUCACGUUGUGCUUUUCCAAUUUUACUGGUUAAAAUAUCAGUUAGACCUUUAUAAACACUUAUAGGCCACAAUGCCUCAGAUGAUGUUGAUGAAAUGAUCUCUCGCCUACAGCUUACCAGUAAUGCUCGAAGAAUGCCACAUAAUUCAAACUUCCUUUCACUAUGGUCGGUUUCAAAAUCCAAUGCAAUUUUAUUCACAAUUGCAUGAAAUGCUUUAGGAUUUUCAUCCCAUGAAUUUGGCCCAAAUCGGGUAACUAAAGAAACCAAAAUAUUUAAAGCUUCAUCUGUUUGGAAACUUUGCUGAGAAUAUAUUUCUGACAUCUUAGCUACAGCUCCCUGAUCGAGAAGUGCUUUCUGCCCAGGUUCAUGGGCUGCAAUAAAUUGCAGACAUUGAUAUGCCUCACUAAUUACCAUCAAAUUAUCAUCUAAAUCAUCGUCAUCAGCUUGUUGGACAACUUCCAGAAAAACAGGUAUGUUGGCUAGAAUUUCUGGAUGCGUUGCUAAUUCUGGCUCUGAACAGAAACUUGAAAGAACAGACAUUGCAACAGAUUUAUACACUAAUGGUGGGCAAUCAUCAGGGACUUCUGUACUUGUCAAGAGACGCUUCAAAAAUUUGAAUCCUAUUGCUUCUAAUAAUAACUUUUUACAUUGAGUUGUACAGUCGGGUGCUUUAACAAGUUUAGUAACCAUAAACAAUCCGGCAAAUUUUUCUGUAUCACUUCCGGCUGCUUUCAAAAUAGCAACACAUUUUUUUACAGAUUCCGGAAUACUCAUGAUGCUAAAUUAUAAUGAAACAGCACACACAAUAACACGAAAGAGUGAUUAUAUACACCUAACACACGUGUGUUCUUGGAUUAAAAACCCCAACACCGUAACGCAUAUACCAGCACUAAGCAGUUCACCUCUCCAGAUUUCGCACCCCGAAUCUACUGCCUCACUGCGUUCACUCCCCUUCGACAUCAUUUUCUUGCCAGGAGCUAUUUUGGGAAUACUCAACGCACCACGCCCCAAAACAGCUAAAUCGGGGAAUUCUGUAUAGAGUUUCCUGUACAGUUCGUUGGCCGAAUGAGCGGUCUAUUUUAAGCCGCCAUGCACAUUGCUGUAUCACAAGUCACGUUUGAACACACACGCGCUUCGAUCUCAGAGCCAACAUGCAACACGUUGGGUGGUGACCUUCUAAAUUUGACCUUGCCUACUACGUCUCACAAAUGGAAUUGAAAGAAUAGACGGCGAUUAUUUAGGCCGUCAACAUGUACAGUACCUUAUCACAUGCUAAUUUAUCGCCUUUUCUUGUUUUAAUGAGUGUGUUAUCCAAGUCAAAGAAAAUCGCGGAUAUAGAUGACACUCUCCGUCUUCUGCUGCUCAAGCACGCAGCCAUGUUUUUUGAUCGAGAAGGCGAACAUGGUCGACUUUGUUAAGUCGGACUAUCGAUAUCUCAUGUAAUCGAAACGAUACGAUAAUUUAAAUGCCCUUCUUUCAAACCAACGAUCACCAACCAACGAAUCUGCCAGAAUCUGCAACGCAGCUUGAGCCUGAGGGUAUUAUAUUGUCUCGAACUGGUGAACAGCACUUAACAUUAUUUGCCCGAGAAGGAUUUGGAGCAAUUUCUGGCAACCGUUUACUUCUAUUCUGAGCGAAAACGACCAAGGUAGUAAGAAAUUUCUUUGGAUCACAGUUAAUUUGGAAGAAUGGAAACCAUAUUUGAUAUUUUUGGAUCUUGUGAUUCUGUAAAACCUUCUACUCUCAACACAAUACCACAGGGGUUUGCAGCAAUAAAAAAUGUGCCUUCUGAAGGUGUUCUACCAGGAAAACAAAGUAUUAAAAAUGACGGACCAUCUCUUAAGGGAAAGAAGGUCCUUGGUGAUGUUGGGAAUAAAAUCAAAGGUUUGCAAUUGAAGAGUGUAUCAAAUUCAAAAGACAGUAUUAAAAAAUCUCAACCAGAAAGCUAUUGUGCCUCCAGUGUGACAUGUCUCAGCGCCAAUCGAGUAUCAGGAACAUUGGAAAAGGAUCUUUUACCAGAGAGACCAUUGACCUCUCAGUUGAUUUGGGAAGAUGAUGCUGAUUACAAUAAUGUUGAUAAGUGGCCUGAAGUGGAAAGCCAUGGGCCUUCAUUCUGGUCAGAUGAUAAUGGAGAUUCUUUAUGGCCAAAUGUAGAGACCCCAACAAUUGAAAAUUUCUUUCAUGCUGCUAACAUAUGGGACAUGGGAAUGAAAUGUGGAGGAGAACAUUCUCCUAGUCCAGUGUCUCAAGAAUUUGAUGAAGACAUCCAUUUUUGUUUAGAUCUUCCCUCCGAUCAUGUGUCCGAAAUGGUGUUAGACGAAUCUGAAGUGAAAUUCCCGUGGGAAAUGUAGUACUCUUGAAACUGCAUGUUGAUUGUGAGGACUUAAACUUUAGUGGCUACUUGUGUUAUUUUUAAGACAAUUUCUCAGUCUUUGUACAGAACUAACUUAACAAUCAGUAUUUUUUGAUACUGUGAAAUUUAUGAAACAUUAAAUUUAAUUUUAAAUAAGGCUGUAUACUUCAUCGUCGACUAUAUUUUGUAAGAUACUUUUUUCAAGAUAAAUACACAUUAAAAUUGUUUACAUUGUUUUUCUUGUCCCUGAAUUAUACAAUAAAUAAUUCUAAUGUGCAGCAUCAGCUCAUUGGACACACCAUGAUCCUAGUCUCCGUUUGUAACUGGAUUAGAAUAUACUACUAUUAUUGCACAAAGUAAUUAGCUCACUAGAUUCUAAGAUACAUUAAACAAAAU